AUGAACUGGAAUCAACCCAGGUGCAGUGCUGGGAAAACGUUUUCGGCCAACGGCAACAACGGCCACUACUCACCGCCGCGCGAGCCGCCGCCGCGCCGCGACCGCGUCGCCGUCGGAGAUGAACUUCGCCCCUCGCUCUGGUCCCGCGAAGCGAGGCGGAACGCUGUCGAAGGAGACGGAGGCGUUCUUAGCCGGUGCGUCGUCGCCGCGGAUCCGACGACGCGCGAGCCCCGGUACCGGUCAACUCCGACGAACGCCGUUCCGUUUUCAUCCCUCCUCUCCCUCGUCGCGUCGUCCAUCCCGUCCCGUCCCGCUGCCCUCCCUUCCGCUGACGUUCGCUCCCUCCCUCCCUCCCUCCUUCCUCGAUCGCGCGCGCCGCCAGACACGCUCCGCGCGAGCGGCGCGUCCAGACGCGAGGUUGAAGACGCGCUGAGACGCGCGGCGACGGGACGGCCGAUGCGCGACGACGCUUCGACGACCGCGUCCGCGCGCCGGUCGUCGUCGCGCAGGAACUCCAUCGCGGCGACGCACGGCGUCAUCGCGCCGAGGGUAGGCCGCGCGGGAGGAGGAGGAGGAGGAGGAGGAUCAGGCGGCGGCGGCCGCGCCUGGAGAGGCGGCGGCGUCAAGACCAAGGCGGCCAUCGACCGCGACGCGUCGCCGCUCGAGCCGUACGACGCGAAUUCCCUCCCUCGCGGCCGCGACAACGAGGCUGCGAAGGACGCGCUCGCGGCGACGAUGGAGUGGGGCGAGACGACGUCCGCGCGCGCCAGGGUCGCCGCCGCGGUGCGCCGCGAGAAGGAGAAGGAAGCGACGGAGGCGCGGCGACGCGCGGCGGCGGCGGGGGCGGCGGACGCGUCGAAGAUGACCGCGGACGACAUGGUGGACGCGAUCGCGCGGGAGAUCGACGAGCGGUGGGCGUUCUUGCGCGAGAUGGACGCGGCGGGGUUGGGGGAGAGGCACCGCGGCGUCAUCACCGCGGAGAUAUCCGCGCGGGUGAAUCAGCUGAAGCGGUUGGACGCGAUGUUGUGCGAACGCGACGGCGUCCCCAUCCGCGGCGCGGCGAGCGCGGCGGCGGCGCGGCGGCGGCCGGGUCCGGGUCCGGACCCGUCCGACGGCGCGCCUCCAUCGGGCGAGGUGGGCGGGAUGUACGAGAGAGCGCUCGAGCGGAUGCGCGCCGCGCGGAGUUGA